CUUCUAGCUUCAAGUAAUGUAUUUAUUGAUUUCAUGGAGCUAUCUAUCUAUCUAUGUCUGCCAUGAUCGUGGUGUGGAUUAACUCGGUUCACGUUCAUUGCAUGCGUCUCUCCUGAUGGAGGAUGGCGGCUUUUAUGGUCGGCCGAGACGUGGAGCGGAGCGCGGAGACAGAUGCCUCCAUGCUAACUGAUACUACACCAUUUGGUGGCAUUACGAAGCUGGAAGUUAUCCUCCCCGUACUCGGCAAACCAUCCCUCCUCCCUCUGCAACCUGCCUUCUUCUACAUGUAUGGCUUCUCGCUUGUCUAAUUAGCUCCUUCUGCUCAACAAUGUUUCUUGGUUUAUAGUGAGAGUGAGUGAGAGAGAGAGAGAGAGAGAGAGAGAGAGAGAGAGAGAGCAUACAUCAUUAAAACAGAACCAUCACUACCAACACUUGGAACGGAACAACUUCGGGAAUGGCUUCUUCCCAAGCAACGAGGCCGGCCUGGACCGAGCUGCCACAGGAGCUCAUCAAGAUGGUCUCCGACAAGAUGAUCGACAUCUCCGAUUACGUCCGCCUUCGUGCCGUCUGCAAGUCGUGGCGGUCUGCGGCGCCGCCAUCGAGCUUCACUCAACGCAUACCGUGGCUGCUGCUUCCUUACAACCCCGACAGUGGCGCUCGCUCGUUCUUCAGCCUCUCCACCCACCAAAUCUACAGCCUCAGCUCGCCGCAACUCCGAGGACGAGUCACCUACGGGUCUUCCCAUGGUUGGCUCCUCACGAUGGACCGAUCCUUCUCCGUCUCCCUCCUCAACCCGGUCACCAACGCCUUCGUCCGCCUCCCCGCUAUAACUCGCCUCCCCGACUUCACCACCUUCCACUUCGAACGCCACGAGGACGGCGAGUACAUCUACCGCAGGCACGUCGGCGUCAGCGGGAAGGUCAACUACGACAUGAUACAGCACAUACUGCUCUGCUCCGCCUUCGCUGCGCCGGGCGAAGGCGCCGGCGACUGCAUCGUGACCGUCACCAGCUACUUGUCGCCGCGGUUCCUGUGCUGCAGGUGGGCGGACGAGGCGUGGACGUUGGUCGACUCCACGUUGACCUGCGGCAUCGACUCCCUCACCAUGUACCGUGACAAGCUGUACCUCGUCGGGAUCGAUGGGAGCGUGGUGGUCUGCGCCAUGGACCACCCUCGGCUGCGGGCUGAGCUCGUCCCCUCGCUACGGGUGCCCGGGGACUUCCAUUACUGCUCCUUCGGAGUGGUGGGAGGGGAGCUGCUGCUGGUGACGAACUGCAUGCGGCGGGUGGAGGAGGGCGGUGGGAUUGGGGAGAAGGCGAGCAUGGAUUUCUUCAAGCUGGACUCGGAUGGGCGGAGGAUGAGGUGGGCGAAGCUGGAGGACGACGGCGAGUGCCCGCUGUUGCUGACGGAAAACCAGGUUGCGUCGGCCGCGAUCGAGUGCGAGGGAAGGUACGCUUGCUUUCGUGCAGUUCGCGGCGAGGUGGACGCGCUGCAUCACAGGACGGAGGUGGUGCAGAUGGAGGAAGGGAGAUGCAGGUUGUUGCCUUGCCACUGGGUGACGACUACGGACGCGUUGGGACCGGCUUGGUUUACGCCAACUCUAAGUUAGAGAUUAAUAAUAAUAAUAUUAUUAUUAUUAAUAUUAUUAAUAUUAUUAUUAUUAUUAUUAUUAUUAAUAUUAUUAUAUAUAUGUAUAUGCAUAUAUAUGAUACUUGUAGAAGCAAUUAUUAAGAGCUAUUAGUAGUGGAUAUACAUGAAUGGAAAAUUCUCAUCUUGUUUAGUUGUGCUCUUUUAUCUUUAGAAAAAAAUGAACUUGUUGAUGUGUUAGAACUCGAAAUCUAGAAAUAGAAUACCA